AUGGCUGACUUAGACACCGUAGUCCAGUACGAUCCAGUUCCGAAAACUAAAUGGGUGAUUGUGACCACCUCGGUCGACAUCAGCAUAGAAGCGACGGCGAAACAAUCUUCUCUUGGAAAUACGACGGUCGUAACUUCGGCUGCCUGCAAAAAGCAGACUAGUCCAACCUUGUCCCUACCCUGUUCCGCCCAGAUCUGGGCGCUAUUUCCUCCCGCUUCGCUACUAUGGCAACCCCGCGACCCAGAAUCCGUAAUUAAUUUCAAUCUUGGAUCAUCUAUGUCAAAGACAUGGGCUCGGGCUCUCUUAUAUGCAGUACUAGGUUUGCUUGCAGGGUUUACGGUUGGUAAUCUCUCGAUGCCGGCCGUAGAUUUCACAAUAAGCAAAAUAAGCAAUCUGUUAGCUCUACCGGAUAAACAGCGUCUGGCAUAA